GGUCGAAUAGUUCCCACCAGUAGUGCAUAGUUGGUGCUAUAGCACAUUGUAUGAAAAUCAUAAGUUUUUUGGUUUUUUGUGUCAUUGUAAUCUUUUGUUUAGUCAUUUUUCUAUCUCAAAAAGACUCAGUACCGGCAGUUAUUCAGGAAUAAUAGCUUCGAAACCUUUGUUAAUUAUCUUCAAAAAUGUUGGGAUCGAUGCUAGAAGAGUUUCAACGGAUGAACAAACGUCAGUUUUUUUACCAGGUGCUAAGUUUUGGUAUGAUUGUUUCUUCCGCCCUUAUGAUCUGGAAGGGCUUAAUGGUAGUCACUGGCAGUGAAAGCCCAAUUGUUGUUGUUCUCAGUGGAUCCAUGGAGCCUGCAUUCCAUCGAGGGGAUUUACUUUUUUUAACCAACCCUACAGACGAACCCAUCAGAGUUGGUGAGAUUGUGGUCUUUAAAAUAGAAGGACGAGACAUUCCUAUAGUGCAUCGAGUCCUUAAAGUUCAUGAAAAGGAAAAUGGCACUAGCAAGUUUCUCACAAAAGGAGACAAUAACCGUGUUGAUGACAGAGGCUUGUACGCUCCUGGCCAACUCUGGUUAACUCCACGUGAUGUCGUUGGUAGAGCAAAAGGUUUCUUACCGUACGUUGGAAUGGUUACAAUUAUGAUGAAUGAAUAUCCAAAACUUAAGUAUGCAGUCCUGGCCUGCCUCGGGUUAUAUGUGCUAAUUCACAGAGAAUGAACACGGUAUUAACAUUCUCAAUAUUUCUGGUUUAAAUAAAAUUUAAGAAACAACAGAAAACAA